AUACAGAGCCAAGCUAUGUAAUAUUUGUUUGAGAGUUGACAAGGUGAGAUAAACACGCGAUCAGUCACUACGUCAGAGGCGUAAUCAUAUAUUAAACUCAGCUAUCAGUCCUGUAAUUUCACUCACACACUCUUAAAUGUAAAUACAGGACCUUUGCUUUUAACGUCAACACUGCAGCACUCAUUAACGUCAACACUGCAGCAUUCCUUACCGUUGUUGAGACGAUGGGUUUGGUAGAAUGCAUACACCCUUCUUUGGCAGAGGCGGAUUAUCAAAAAACUUCUACAAAACUGUUUUUCAUUUGUGCGUCUUUUAUAUUUUUCGGUACCGUGUACCUAUUGUCUGCUGUCUUCGGAUCUUUGACAAAGACGUAUAGAAAUCUGAAAUCCAAGGAAAAGAUCUUCUGGAAUCUAGCGGUAGUUCGCGGAGUAUAUGGAUCUUUUUGCACUGUCGUUGGAGUAUGGGCUAUUUUCUUCGACACAGAACUUUUGAAAGAUCCAGUGUUUUCCACAACCCCUACUAGCUAUUUUGCUCUUGCGACAAGUUUGGGAUUUUUCGUCUUCGAAUGUGGAACUUUACUUAUAUCAGACAUGGUGUACAAGAAAGCCAGUGUUAUGUUAAAUGUUCAUCACUGGAUGGCUUUACUUGGGUUCGUUUUACUCAUGUACUUGGACAGCGCACACUAUUUUGGUGUAAGGGGGCUCCUUCUAGAGAUGAGUACGCCCUUCUCUGCUAUAUGCUGGACACUCCUCAAAGCUAGUAAGGCACACACGCUGUUGUGGAAGGCGAAUCAGUUCCUGUUGGUUCACACCUUCCAUCUUCGAUCUGUGGUGGAAUGCUACAUAUGGUAUGUGACCUAUCAGAACUGGGAGCGGAUCUGGUCCGCCAUGCCCACUACCAUGUUUAUUUCCCUGUACUCCCAGCUCGUGCUCGUCACAUUCCUCAUGACGCCAUAUUGGACUUACAAGAAGACACAGCAAAUGAUCACCCCCGUCGACUGGAACUUUGAGGACUCGGGCAAAAACAAGUCGGAGAAUGGUUCUGUCAGCAAGAAAGCUAUUUGAUGUAUUUCGUAAUAAACACUUGUUAUUUUGACAGUGUUGUCAAUACAACAAUAGACAGAAACAGAUUAUAAAACCUACGAAACCGGAAACACAGAAUGUGAUCUUUGUGAAAUAUUUGCAAUAUGGACAAAAGUGUUAUUAGGAUUAGCACUCUUAGAUAAAGGCAGUAGCUGACAAUGUGUACGGUAAAUGUUUGAGCGAUAUAUUACUAUUUUAUACCCAUGCUUUGAUAUCUCAAUUCCAGCCAAAACAUCAAACAAUAACUAGAAAUAAGGCAUUAGGAAACAUUCCUAUAAUAAGUUAGUUUUUCGAGAGAGAAAAAACGCCAAACAAAGUUGGUAAUUUACUGCACCGCAUGGCCAUUCUGUCCACUAAGAAUUACCAGAGACUAAAACAUGAAAAUCCAUGUCUAGAGGGAUCAGUGUUCUGAAACAUAUUAUAAUGCUUUCGAAAAAUUCCUAUAAAAAACACUUAUACCGAUAACAAUUACAAGUUUGGGCUACAACACGUGAUUUGUUAUAUUCGUAAUAGAAUUUCUUAAUAUAAUGAAAUUAAUUAUAGCUAUCAAGACAAGGGUAAAACAAGGAUUGUUACUCAUAUAUAACUGACAUUUAAUGCACGUUAACCGUUAGGCUGACGAAUUCUCUUAUGCAAUUGAAGUGACAGGCUUCCGAUUGUUCAUUGAGUAAAAGGGUUCUGUUACAAAGCGAUAUUCAAAACAAAUCAAUUAAUAUUUAUAGUUAUAAUUAUAACUAUAAUUAUAAUUAUAUAUUCAUAAUUUUUGUUCACCCACGAGGUGGCAUGUUCAAUAUACAUUGUACUCCAACGAUUUAUUUUCAACACUUGGUAUGUACUUGAGGAUGGUUGAUCAUUCAGUGUUGCAAAUAUUUCACUCUUUAUCACCACUCAGGGAUGACGAUAUCGCACUCUUUAUCACCAAUCAGGGAUGACGAUAUCGCACUCUUUAUCACCACUCAGGGAUGACGAUAUCGCACUCUUUAUCACCACUCAAGGACGACGAUAGUUCACUCUUUAUCACAACUCACGGAUGACAAUAGUUCACUCUUUAUCACCAAUCAGGGAUGACGAUAGUUCACUCGUUAUCACCACUCAGGGAUGACGAUAGUUCACUUUUUAUCACCACUCAGGGAUGACGAUAUCGCAACCUUUAUCACCAAUCAGGGAUGACGAUAGUUCACUCUUUAUCACAACUCAGGGAUGACGAUAUCGCACUCUUUAUCACCACUCAGGGAUGACGAUAGUUCACUCUUUAUUACAACUCAGGGAUGACGAUAGUUCACUCUUUAUCACCACUCAGGGAUGACGAUAGUUCACUCUUUAUCACAACUCAGGGAUGACGAUAGUUUACUCUUUAUCACCACUCAGGGAGGACGAUAGUUCAUUCUUUAUCACCACUCAGGGAUAUCUCACCGACACACCAGUAAUUUUUGCAUUAAAUGGUCAUCAAAGAACAGCAACACAUCACUUCCCACCACUUAGUCCCAAUAUAUCGUAUUCUUGUAUACAAGGAACAGCAAUGUAACACCACAGGUACCUGCCUCAUCAGUCAAUACCCCCAUAAUAUAAUCAAUAUAUUACGGGUGUAUUGACAGACCAGGCUUGUGCCUGAUGUAAUACCGAGUGUUUGUGUGAUGUAUAUUACAGUAUGUCACAUAAUUGAAUACCAUUUGUUGAAUUUCAGAGCAGCCAGCUUCUUUUUUAUGAUCACAAAUAUAUUUAAGGAAAAGUUUGAUAUUUUUGCCAGGUGAUGAGGUGAUAACUUAAACUGUUCAUGUUUAUAUUUGCAAUCUUCUUGGUAUGCACUACUACUAUAUCUACUUAGUUAUUACAAUUAGCAAUUACACAUGAUCAACACGAGUUAUCUCCUCAUAACCUGACCAAAAUAGAAAUUUAUUCUAUAUAUAUAACAUUAUUUUUCUGUUAGUGAACGUACAUAGCUCAUGUGUCUAUUUUAAUACAUUUAUCUUAUAAGUGGACACACAAAAUUAUUUUCAAAAUAUAAACUAAUGUGUUAUCAGUUAAAUAAAAGUAACAGACUGAAUUUUGUAUGAGUCUACUCCAGUAACACCAGUACACUUUGGCACUGAUUGCUUCGCCAUAAAUACAGUUCACUCCUGCUGAACUGGUGUUAUCACCACAUGACCAAAAUAGGAAACUUUUCCUGAAAUAUCUGUUCUAUUUUUCAUUUUAACAUGUAAACAUAAGUUAUUUAUAUUAUAUAUGUACAUUUAAAUAUUUCUAUAAUAAUAUGUGUAUAUUUCUUUGUUUCUAGUUUCUAUCAAAACAAUACUUGUGCUAUU